AUGCGGUCGUUUUUCGAGAGCCACUUUAGUCACUCCCUCACGGUCCGUAACGCAGAGGACAUACACCAGGCGGCCGAACGCCCGCAUCGACGGCAGAGCCAGGCCUCUAAUAACGGCAACAACCCGCCCUCCGGGGCCCCGGUCUAUCAAAUUCUUUCCCUUCAGAGUCCGGCGACCAGCCAGAGCGGCUCGCUCUGGCGGAACCCAUGCAUAGACGACACGCUGGCGAGCAACUACAGAGUAGGGUCAGACUACAAUGUCGAUUACUCUCCCCAGGACUCGCACCCUGGCGAGCAGCAACAUAAUCAAGCGCCGCAGGCUUACGAGCCGCAACAGCAUCACAGCCGGCCGUCGCUGCACCACAUCGGAACCGGUACUUCUUUGCACGACACAACCGCGGCAGCGCAUCACCAGCAGCAGCAGCAGCAGCAGCAGCAGCAACAAUCACACCACCACACCAUGUCACACCACCACGCGGCCGCCGCGCACCACCCCCAUCAGGUGCUGAUGGACCCGAGCCAGAUGGGCGCGCACCAUGCCGCCGCAGCUGCCGCCCGGCAUCUUGGGCACCAUCCGGGCCAGGCGCACUACGGGGCGCCCGUUCCUUCACCGCAUGCAGUCGUCACGCCGCUCUAUCCAGGUUUGACCGCCGGACCUGUUGGUACAACGGCGGGAGUGAAACGAACGCGGCCCGAAGACCUCGAUCUCUCUGUGUCCGGGAUGCCGGAUCUGGAGCAGAGUGAUCUCGACUCGAUGGGCGCAUAUGGGCAGCCAACAGGAACACCACAACAGGCCACGCCACAGUCUCUGCCUCCGACCCACCAUCACCACCGACUACCAGAUACGGGACCUCCUUCGAAAAUGAUGCGGCGUGAUGGGGAGGGGGGAGGCGGCGGCGGUGGCGGCGCACCAAGCGUUGUGGGCCAAGCCGGCAUGCCACCACCGGCCCCCCGGCCGCGGGGCCCCAAGCUCAAGUUCACGCCGGAAGACGACCAGCUCUUAAUCGACCUGAAGGAAAACAAGAGCCUGACGUGGAAGCAAAUCGCCGACUUUUUCCCGGGGCGCUCCAGUGGGACCCUGCAAGUGCGGUACUGCACCAAGUUGAAGGCGAAGACGACACAGUGGACGGACGAAACGGAUCAAAAACUACGGACGGCUCUGCAGGACUAUGAAAACGAAAAGUGGCGUAUUGUGGCCAACAAGGUCGGUACGGGUUUCACGCCGGCGGCGUGCCGGGAGCGUGCGGCGCAGAUGAUGGGAGGGCCCUUAUAG